CCGCACGAACUGGAGUAACGGGAAUAUCGGCUCUGCUCCGGCAGCUGGUCAUACCGCAUCUUGCCGUUCAACUCCAAGAUGGCCGGUCGAAAAUCAUCAAGCAGGCGUGCAACCUCGUGUCAGCAAUCGCUGAGUGCCUGUCCGGGGAGUUCGAAGCAUGCGCGGAUAUCGUGCUUCAGGAAUUGAUGAAGCUCCUGGGAUCGUCCGCUGCUAUUAUGGCCGACUCAGCAGAUUCCACCAUCCGCAUUGUGGUGAUCCGCUGCAGGCCUGCCCGCACGCUGAGCAAGGUGUUGGAGACAGCUCGGGCAUCAAAGAGCACGGUUCUGAGAAGCAGGUGUGCGGAGUAUGUGCUGCUGGCGCUGGAGGUGUGGGGCCCACAGGGCGAGCUGGUGGCGCUGGUGGAUGCGAUUGAGAGCAGCAUUCGCAGCGGCGUGCAGGAUGGCACGCGGGAGGUGCGAGCCACAGCCAGGCGCAGCUUCCGGGAGUUUUCCCACUUGUGGCCGGAGAGGGCCGCCCGGCUGCACUCCUCGUUUGACGUCACGGUGCAGAAG